GAUGUAGAGAGACGUAAACGAAGAGACUCUUUUUUUCCCUUCCUCAUCAAUUCUUACCUACAAAAACUAAAUCCCAAAAACAAAACAAAUAAAAUACAAAGUUUCAAUCUUUUUUCUAUCUCAUCAUUAUCCAAUUCCUUCUUUUUUUUUUUUUUUUUGCUAAAUCCAAAUUCAAUCUUGUACCAUAUUUAAUUUUGUAUAAAUAUAUGUUCAUUUGUAAAAAUACCCAAUUUUUUUGUAAUUCUUUAAAUUUUUCGUAUUCUAUUUUUGAAAAGGAAAUCCCUAUUUUAUCUGGGUUUGUUUUUGGAAAGUUUUAAACUUUACUGUGUUUUUGUCUUAGAUUUCAACUGGGUGUGUGUUUUUUUGUAUCAAAUCCCAUAAUAAAUACUUCAAAUUUAUAAAAUUUAAUCUGGUGGGUAGUUGUAGUUUGUUUUCAAUUAGGACUUGGUGUUAGAGUUCUUGGUUUCUUUUAGAAAUUUGAAGAGUUUGAUGGAUAUGUUUGUGACUUAAAAAUUUGUAUUAUUUUUAUAUGAUUUGGGUAUUGUUUGGGUUUGUAUUUGGUGGGGGAUUGGGAGUAUUAUGAGGAAUAGUAGUGAUGGACAGCAACAUAAGAAUUUGCAGGGGAGAGCUUUUAGGGCAAUUUCUAGCUAUUUGAGGAUUGUUUCUUCUGGGGCAUCUACUGUUGCUAGGUCUGCUGCCUCUGUUGCUCAAUCCAUUGUUGAUAGAGAUGAUGAUGGUGGCAGUGAUCAGGUACACUGGGCUGGUUUUGACAAGUUAGAAGAUGAUGGUGGUGUCUUUCGGCGAGUUCUGUUGUUAGGUUAUCGGUCUGGUUUCCAGGUUUGGGAUGUUGAAGAAGCAGAUAAUGUCCGUGAUCUAGUUUCCAGACAUGAUGGCCCUGCUUCGUUCAUGCAAUUGUUGCCAAAGCCUAUAGCAUCAAAGAGGUCAGAGGACAACUUUGCAGAAAGCCGACCUCUUCUGGUAGUUUGCACUAAUGGGGCUGUCACUGGAGUCAAUGAUUUUCCAGAUAGGUUACUUAGUCAAUGCAACGGGAGCACUCCUAACGUCCAUGAGUCUGGUAAUGGAAACUUUGUGCCAACUGUAGUGCGGUUUUAUUCACUCAGAUCACAAUCUUAUGUACAUAUGGUUAAGUUUAGAUCAGUUGUUUAUUCUGUGAGGUGCAGUUCUCGUAUAGUUGCCAUUUCUCAAGCAGCUCAGAUACACUGUUUUGAUGCUGCAACAUUGGAGAGAGAGUACACCAUUCUUACAAAUCCUAUAGUUACAAAUCCUGGUUCCGGAGGGAUGGGCUAUGGUCCUCUUGCCGUUGGUCCCAGGUGGCUGGCUUACAGUGGAAGUCCAGUUGCAAUCUCUAAUUCUGGACGUGUUAGCCCUCAACAUUUAACUCCUUCAUCAAGUUUUCCUGGUUUCAAUUCAAAUGGGAGUUUGGUCGCCCAUUAUGCAAAAGAAUCGAGCAAACAACUUGCUGCUGGAAUUGUGACUCUUGGGGACAUGGGAUAUAAGAAAUUGUCCAGGUAUUGCUCAGAGCUCCUACCUGAUCCCCACAGUUCCUUACAAUCAGGGAGUCCUGGCUGGAAAGGAAAUGGUACUCUUAAUGGCCAUUUACCAGAUGCAGAUAACAUAGGCAUGGUUGUUGUGAGGGAUAUUGUUGGUAAAGUUGUUAUUGCCCAGUUUAAAGCGCACAGGAGUCCCAUUUCAGCAUUAUGCUUUGAUCCUAGUGGCACCCUUUUAGUUACUGCCUCGGUUCACGGUCAUAACAUAAAUGUGUUUAAAAUAAUGCCUGGAAGCUCUUCCUCAGGUGACGCUGGAGCAUCCUACACACAUCUUUACCGGCUGCAACGUGGGUUUACCAAUGCAGUUAUACAGGAUAUAAGUUUCAGUGAUGACAGCAACUGGAUUAUGAUAAGUUCUUCAAGGGGAACAAGUCAUUUAUUUGCUAUUAAUCCCAUUGGAGGGUCAGUUAACUUGCAGACUUCGGAUGCUUGUUAUUCUGCUAAAAAUUGUGGAUCUGGUGUAACGACUAAGUCAGCUGUUCGUUGGCCGCCUAGUUUAGGUGCACAAAUGCAUAAUCAGCAGAGCUUUUGUGCAUCUGGUCCUCCAGUGACGCUCUCUGUUGUCAGCAGAAUAAGAAAUGGAAACAAUGGUUGGAAAGGUACUGUAACUGGUGCUGCCGCAGCUGCAACAGGCAAGUUGAUUUCCCUCUCGGGGGCUAUUGCUUCAUCUUUCCAUAACUGUAAAGGGAACAAUGACUUAUAUGCGGAUGGCGCCAUUUCGAAAACUAAGUACCACCUUCUUGUUUUCUCUCCGUCUGGUUGUAUGAUACAAUACAUGUUGCGUGCGUCAGCUGACAUUGAUUCAAAAGCUUUCGUGCCUGGGUUAGGCGUGUCUUUUGAAUCAGUUCCUGAAAGUGAUGGGAGGUUAGUUGUUGAGGCAAUUCAGAAGUGGAAUUUCUGUCAUAAAUUAAGCCGAAGAGAGCGAGAGGAUAAUGUUGACAUAUACGGUGACAAUGGAAAUUCAGAUAGUAAGAGAUAUCCUGAAGGCAGGAAAAAGGGAAAUAGUGUUCACCCUGAAGACAUGGCUACAGCUACAAAAGCAAAGAACCUUGAUGAAAAGCAUCAUUUGUACAUUUCAGAAGCUGAACUACAAAUGCAUCAACCUUGUAAUGCAUUAUGGUCAAAGCCUGAGGUAUGUUUCCAACCAAUGAUGACUGAGGGGACAAAAUUGGAUGGAGAAAAUGCAAUGUUGGGGGAAAUUGAGAUAGAAAGGAUUUUAACUCGCACAAUUGAAGCAAGGUCAGCGAAUUUAGUUCCUGUUUUUGACCGUCGCCGAUAUGCGAGGACUCCGUCCUUAGAUUGCAACACGAAUGGGUGGCUUCCACAUCAAAGACCCGUGCUUUCGAAAAAUGGCAGGAAUUCAUGUAGGAGCAGCUCUUGCUCUCUCGACUACAUAACUGAUUAUGGCGCUGUAGCUGCUGAAACUCAGAAUGGAGUUGAAGAAAGAGGAUGGAAUAGUUGUAGGAUGCCCUUGGAAGAAGAUACGGGUUAUGUAAAUAGUAGCGAUGGCUCCAAAACAGAUACUAGACUUGAGAAUGUAAAUAAUAGAAGCUUAAAUACAGAAGCUCAACUCAAGCUUGUAAAUAGCAAAAGUGGAGGCUCAACAGUGGAAAACCAUUUUGAAGACGAGGGCGAUGAGUUUGAUUAGAGGUGUGCAGUAAUUCUUUUAUUCAGGUAGAACUCGAAAGUUCAUUAACCAUGUUAAUAUUUAUGGGUGGAAUUGUAAACAAGAGUGACAAGCUUGACGAAGAGGAAAAAUGUUUAUACUAUGUUUGUUGGGUUCUUGAAUUAACAUUGUAAAUAACAGACAAAUAUUUGCCAAUAAUCAGUUGUAUUAUUAUUUAAAUAAAAUAUACCAUACUAUAUAACCUUUUUAAUAACUCUUCCUUACUGUUCUAUUCUAUUAAUUCUACAUUUGUUGA